AUAAUAAAUUAGUAAAAAAAAUAAAAAAUGGACAUUGACGAAGAAUCAAACUUAAAAUAAUUUGAAUAACGUGAUGAACCUGAAAACUCUUAUGAGAAUGAACAUACUUGUUAUUAAGAUUAAAAUUAUUCAUUUUUUAGAGAACAUUAAUACAAAUAAAUAUCAGACAACAAUAACACCACUUCUUCAAGAUAAUAUCAUACUUAUAAUCCUAAUCCUAACAAAAAUAAUUAUUAAAUUAAUGACAAGUAUAAUACAGAGCCAUUGAAGCAAAAAAAUUAUGAAAAAAAUAAUGAUCAUAGUAUGGAUAUUGAAUAAAGUGAUGUUCCAGAUUUUUUAGAAAAAAAUAAUAACGAUCCCUUAUAAUUAAAAUAUCAUUUUAAAUCUACCAUUUACGACAUUGAUUAAAAAAUCAAAAAUAAUUUUGAAUAAUUUAAUUAAAAUUAAAAUGAUUAAGAUAAUUAAUUAUUAAAUUUACAUAAUAAAGAUUGUAGAGGUUAUAAAGUAAAUUUUUUAAUAAUUCCACUUAAAAGUGCAAAGGAAUCGUAAGAAAAUGAUUAGAAAUAGCUAUUUGAUAAAUGGAAAGAAAAAUUUAUUAAUAAAUUUUAAAGAUAUUCAUCUCUUUAGAAAAAAAGUAUACUUAAAUAUCUUAUUGAUGAAAUAGAUGACGAUUAAAAAAUGAAUUAUAUAUUAAAAAAAAUAUUGAAAUGA